CAGGGCCUGCCCACAAGGCUGCUUUUCCUUUUUGAUCCAUUCAAAAAUUACUCAUUGCAAAUUCCCGGACAGCUCGGGGAGGAGAAGCUGGGGGUGCGGAGGACAGAGAAGGCUGCAGCGGCGCUAGGCUGGGACUCCCGGACCCCGCGGGCUGAGGUCGGACCCGCAGCAGCCACCGGCGGGCGCCGAGCUCCAGUGGCCUCUCCAGGAAGCGUCAGUCUCCGCCCGGUGAACUGGGAGCGCCGCCCCCGCCGUCCUCCCGGGACCCCCGGCUCCGGCGCGCGGGCGAUGGGCGGCCGCUGAGCGGGCACUCGGCAUCGCGACCCCAGCCCUCGGCAUGGCCGCGCGCGAGGAGCUGUACAGCAAAGUCACCCCGCGCAGGGACCGCCUGCAGCGCCCGGGCACCGUCAAGCAUGGGUCGGCGCUGGACGUGCUCCUGUCCAUGGGCUUCCCCCGCGCCCGCGCACAAAAGGCUCUGGCAUCCACAGGAGGAAGAAGCGUCCAAGCAGCAUGUGACUGGUUGUUCUCUCAUGUUGGUGACCCCUUCCUGGAUGACCCCCUGCCUCGGGAGUAUGUCCUCUACCUCCGCCCGACUGGGCCGUUAGCCCAGAAGCUCUCUGACUUCUGGCAGCAGUCCAAGCAGAUCUGUGGGAAGAACAAGGCCCACAACAUCUUCCCUCACAUCACCCUCUGCCAGUUCUUCAUGUGCGAGGACAGCAAGGUGGAUGCUCUUGGGGAAGCCCUGCAGACUACUGUCAGCCGAUGGAAAUGUAAGUUCUCCGCCCCGCUGCCCCUGGAGCUGUACACCUCGUCCAACUUCAUUGGGCUCUUCGUAAAGGAAGACAGUGCAGAGGUCCUUAAGAAGUUCGCGGCUGACUUUGCCGCAGAGGCUGCAUCCAAAACAGAAGUGCACGUGGAGCCUCACAAGAAGCAGCUGCAUGUGACGCUGGCCUACCACUUCCAAGCCAGCCACCUCCCCACCCUAGAGAAGCUUGCCCAGAACAUCGAUGUCAAGCUAGGGUGCGACUGGGUGGCCACCAUCUUCUCUCGGGAUAUCCGAUUUGCCAACCAUGAGACGUUACAGGUCAUCUAUCCCUAUUCACCUCAGAAUGAUGAUGAGCUGGAGUUGGUCCCAGGGGACUUCAUCUUCAUGUCUCCCAUGGAGCAGACCAGCACCAGCGAGGGCUGGAUUUAUGGCACCUCCUUGACCACUGGCUGCUCUGGGCUGCUUCCUGAGAACUACAUUACCAAGGCUGAUGAGUGUAGCACCUGGAUCUUCCACGGUUCCUACUCCAUCUUAAAUACGGUAUCAUCCAGCUCACUCACGUUUGGUGAUGGGGCGUUAGACAGACGACAGUAUGAGGAUCAAGGACUUGGGGAGACAACACCCCUCACUAUCAUCUGCCAGCCCAUGCAGCCCCUGAGAGUCAACAGCCAGCCUGGACCGCAGAAGCGAUGCCUGUUUGUUUGUCGGCAUGGGGAGAGGAUGGAUGUUGUCUUUGGAAAGUACUGGCUAUCCCAAUGCUUUGAUGCCAAAGGCCGCUACAUACGCACCAACCUGAACAUGCCUCAUAGUUUACCUCAGCGGAGUGGCGGUUUCCGGGAUUACGAGAAAGAUGCUCCAAUCACCGUGUUUGGGUGUAUGCAAGCAAGACUAGUGGGUGAAGCCUUGUUAGAAAGUAACACCGUUAUUGAUCACGUGUAUUGCUCACCAUCUCUGCGCUGUGUUCAGACUGCACAUAAUAUAUUGAAAGGUUUACAACAAGACAAUCACUUGAAGAUUCGGGUCGAGCCGGGCUUAUUUGAAUGGACAAAGUGGGUUGCUGGGAACACAUUACCAGCAUGGAUACCUCCAUCAGAGUUAGCUGCAGCCAACCUGAGUGUUGAUACAACCUACAGACCUCACAUUCCAGUCAGCAAAUUGGUGAUUUCGGAAUCCUAUGACACCUACAUCAAUAGGAGUUUCCAGGUGACAAAAGAGAUAAUAAGUGAAUGCAAAAGUAAAGGAAAUAACAUUCUGAUUGUGGCCCACGCAUCUUCCCUCGAGGCAUGUACCUGCCAGCUCCAAGGCCUAUCCCCACAGAACUCCAAGGACUUUGUACAAAUGGUCCGGAAGAUCCCGUACCUAGGCUUCUGUUCCUGUGAAGAACUGGGAGAAACUGGAAUAUGGCAACUGACAGACCCGCCCAUCCUUCCGCUUACCCAUGGACCCACUGGGGGCUUCAACUGGAGAGAGACCCUCCUGCAAGAAUAAACUGCCUGAGCGAUGGGAAGAACCGGCCUUCUGCAGACGAGUCCUCGGAAAGUUCCGUGGCAGUGGGAAAACCCACUCUGCAUUCAACGCAGACAGCUCAGAAUCCUUUAGCCUAUUUCUUUUCAUGCUUAGGGGAUGAUGACAUUGUGUCAAUGAGAAAAAGUCAUGAUUCAGAGAGAGAAUCCACCUCUCUGGACCUGCCUAGCUAACAGGGCUUUGGAGAAUUGCAUUCCUAAGCUGAACACCUGCUGCAGCAGAAACUACCAUCCUCCUCCAGGCUAUGCAUGGCUAAAGAGCCUCUUUCUUCUCCCAGAGAGCUGCUCCCACCCUCAAGAGGCAUGCGAGAGGAAGGACUGUGUCUGGACUCCAACUGGGGAAUGGGAUAGCCCUUUGUACUCCAUUUGCAAGUUAGGCAAGGCCACACUGAGGAGCGCUUUGAUGGUGGUUAGGAACCAUAAGAAUAGUCCUGUGUCAGAUUCUGCUCUCAGCAGACUGCAUUCACUAGCGGGCUAGGCACCUGCUUGAGGACUCCCAGCAUUCACCCCGGUACCGGGCCACCUGCUCUCCAGAGCAUCCUGGCCCUCCAUGCUUCUAUCUGUGAAAUGGGGAGAACAGCCCUUUUGCUCGCCCAAGCACGUUGAGAUUCUCCGGAGGGAUCAAGAAAACCAGUGUUGAAUGGGAGGCGCAGCGACCCCUGUGAUGGCCAGAUGAACUGUGAAGUCCCCAAGCCUGCCUGAGUCAGGACGUGUCUUUCCACCCAGGCUCUACACUGUGUCAAGCAGUUAAGGAGAUUGACAUUUGGAAGGAUGUAUGUUCGAUUCACUAUUUGGAUCAGAAAAAAAAAAAAACAAAAACAAAAAAACAAAAACAAAAAACCUCCAGUGCAAUACAGAUAUAUUUAGAAGCUAUACCGAGGGUCCUGUUGUUGGUCACAUACAGGCCACUUCCACAGGAGCAGAAUGUCCACAGGUUAGCCAGUUUUAGGUUGUGUAGGAAGCCCAGGGACUAAUGUGAAUGGUGACAGUCACAACUGCACUGCUUCUUCUGCUGCCCUCUUUGCUUUUCUAUGGUAAUUUAAAACAGAUGGGAGGGAGGGCCACUUGAAGGAACCUGCAUAGUCAGAGCCUAUCUGUGGCCUCUCACCACACUUACUUCCUGUAUUUAGACGGAGUGUAUGUAUUUAAAAGAAGAAUAAAUGACAAUCAAACCAAAACAUCCCAUAUCAAUGUCUAUUUAAUUGUGUAUUCUGUUAGCCAUUAGGGCCACGGUAUGAGACAGUUCGUUGUGUAGCUUGUGAGUGCAGAUUGAAACCCCUGCCACUGAGAAGGAACUCUGAUGUAAAACAAACGUGUCGUCGAAGCAUUACAUUGUAACAACCAGACAUACACCUACACCUGGAUGUGCAUGUAUGUCUUAGUCUUAGGUGUUGAGGUAAAUGUAUCACUUUUGAUUGGGUUGUAUUUCAUUGUCCUUAAUCCAAUAUAGACAGCAUCCGGGGCAAUCGUCUGCAGAACCAGAGAGGGAGAAUCUGAAGUAACUUUCUGAAGAACUUAAGUGGAAAACAGAAAAAUUUAAUUCUCCAAAUUGCUUAUCAAACUGGCUGGGUGAUCCAAAUUCAAUUAAUAUCUUAUUGCACAUUGAUCUAUUAAAAAAGAUUGGGUCCAGCUGAGCAGUCUUGGGAAUCACACUGAAUCUGUGUGUAGAGACAUCUGGAUCAUCAGAUUUCAUGUGCAUACAAAAGGUCUCUGCUGGCCGGAGACCUUGAGCUGAGGCUAGCUCUUUUCAAUCUGCAGCUCAUGCUAGCUCAGAUGAUACUUGGGAGAAGGAAUGAGUUAGGGACACGGCAGGAAAAAUAAUAAUAAUUUUUUUUCACCACGUGCCUCCCUGACUCCCAUUUUUUUUUUCUGGUAAGCAUUGGAAAACCAUCUGAAAUAAUUCAGGGGAGAUGAAAUUAGUGGAAGGGUUUAAUAUGGAAUUACAAAUCUAAACAGUGUCCUGCUUCACCAACUGUGUACAUGCUCUAGUAUUUUAUUAUUCCAAGGUAGGACUUUGUCCUUGUCAUUUCUGUGUGUCUGACUGGAAUAAUUGGUGUGUUAAUACACAGCACUGAAGCUGUCCCCUUCCCAGGCUCUUCUCCCUGCUGCCUGGCCUUGAGGAGCCUUUGCUUCACCCCGGGGUACCAGUGCCAUUCAGAUAACAGCACCCCUUUCCCUUUGCAUUCAGAUUGAUGCAGCCUGAGCGGCUCAUUAAGUGGCCAUCUGAUGGCUGAAAGAGGGGGUUAUUUUUACCCUGUAAUGAAAGGCUCGGGAGACUUUCUGCUUUUUUUUAUUUUAAUUAUACUUUAACCAAAGAGUUGUUUUAAAGUAACCUUAUAUUUGAAAGAUGAUUUUACAAAUAAAUAAAUAAAAAUAAAAACAAGAAGUAUGCCUUCUGGAGCCACGUGGGGUUGGUAUAUCGCUGAUGAUCGUUUUCUUGCCAGUUCUGUCUGGAAUGCAUAUAGAUGGUUAUCCUGCUGUGUGAGCACUGCCCUGGGUGUAUCCUUUCCACUCUACAAUGUGUGUAUCCCUGUGGAAAUGAAUUCUUAUUUCAACUGUCUGAUGUCAUGGGGAACUCGAUGGCAACAGGAAGAGAAGUUCCUAUCUCACUGCCUUUGUAGAAAACUUGGUUUCUGUGCUCUUGAGAACAGAAUUCCUCUGUAACCUAGGCGCUGGGUUUAAUUUCUAAGCGGUGAUGAAUUGCUCUUUUGAAUCUUACUCUCUGUAUAUUCAUGUGUUAGAAUACAGACGAGCCUCCCACUAAGCUUCGCAGACUUCGGCACAGUCAACUGUACAGAAUCUGCACAAAGUUGGAUAAUGAGACUCCUGGAGAUUUGCAUUUAAAUUGUCUAAUCCGGCACAUGCACAUGAGGAGAAAAAAAAGGGAGGGGGGGCUAGUCUGAUGAGUGUGUGCUGUCGAAGGACUGGCAAGGAGGGCAGGAGACAGCCUGACUUAACAUCUAUUUAGGGGGUGUCCAUGUUACAAAGGUGAUGGGGGUGGGGCUGUGAGGAGCUUUUCAUCAUUAAACACAACUAAAAUUGGAUUGGCUUUUGUAACUCUUCACCAUUGAUAGCUGGGAGAGAGACUGUAGGCAUUGCCUCUAAAUGCAAAAGAAAUAGCUGGGCUGUUUCAUAAUAUAGUAUUAGGUUUGCUGUGUGUAGGUUGAAGAUUUAGAGUCAUUAGUAGUCAGACAAUAGACACUCGGUCCUCACAAAUAUUUGCCUGCUACUCCCUAGCCACCGUUCCUUGCACAGAAAAAUUUCAGCUGUUCAGCUAAUUUCUGUAUGUGACACAUGUGUUAAAUGGAAACAAUGUAUACUGGUUCUUUGGUUGCAACUAAGAUGGAAACAUCCCAGAACCUUUUGACUUCUGCAUACAGCACACUGAAUCAGCUGAUUUAGAAAGGCAUGUUAAUCUUUUUCUCACGGGUGAGACUUUUGUGUCUCUUUUUUUCUAUAUGAUUUGGGUGUGUUCAUUUGGGGAAAAUGUUUGUAACCAUAAGACUAGAAAACCCCACCUAGCUGUCCUGCCAAGUUCCUUGUACACUCCCCAUGGUGUUCGUGCUUCCCGGGCUGAGAAGCUGAUCUUCCGGAUAGAGCUAUGGCAGCCUUGUGAUCAGUUCAUUGUGUCCCAGGACCAUAUCCACUGACAUGGUUCAUAGAUGACUUAAUAAAAAGAAACUGUGUCCUCACUUGACCCAGCGCAACUACAGAUUAA